AUGGGCGACCAGCAACACGAUCUCUACCACGAAGACCAGGCCGACGCCCGGCAACCACAGCAGUCCCCCCCGGUGUCUCAUCUCCAGGAUCCAGCCACCGGUGUGUCAACUUCUACUUCGCCUCAACACUCCAACGCGUCCGCAUCGCACAAAAGGAAACGGGACUCGAUCGACGAUUCGGAGGGGCGAGACGAUGGGAGGUCGUUGCGUGAAGGGAGCAGUGGUCGCAGAGCAUCCUUCAAACAAUCUUCCCCCAACCUCACCAACACAGGCUCUUUUAUGCCAGUAAACACAAACUCGAAAGCAAGCCCCGCCGGAAGUCCCUACGGUUUCCAAGCACUAAGUAAUUCUCAAGCUCCCAUCACAACAAUGAAUGGUUCAACCGGCGCGGAUGCAGCGAAUGCUGCAUUGGUUGCUGCUGGUGCGAUGAGCGGGAUGCUGCCUCAGAUGACUGUCCCGCAGCCAACAUCCAUGGGAUUUGCUCCAGUGGAUGGAAGUGGGAAGACUGGAGAACACAACCAGAUAGAAAACAGUUUCGGUGCCUUAUCUCCGCCGCCUGUGGAGGGGCACACCGAGGGUGUAGGCGGGAACCAUAACGCUCCAGGAAACCACAGUCAUCAUGGAUCACCUCCAGUUGGGUCCUCGGGUAAUCCAAACCCAAAACCCCAGGUUGGGACAGAAGAAUGGCAUAGGGUUCGACGGGAUAACCACAAAGAGGUCGAGCGCCGUCGUCGAGAGACUAUCAACGAGGGCAUCAACGAGCUUGCCAAGAUUGUGCCAGGCUGUGAAAAGAACAAAGGCUCGAUCUUACAACGCGCUGUUCAAUACAUUCAACAGCUGAAAGAAAACGAGGCUGCCAACAUUGAGAAAUGGACACUAGAAAAGAUCCUUACUGAACAGGCCAUUUCGGAGCUCAGUGCAAACAACGAGAAGUUACAGAAGGAAUGUGAGCGGGCAUGGCGAGAAGCGGAGACAUGGAAAAAGAGUUGUUUACAGGCUGGAGUAACAAGGGAUGGCAGUGCUCAGGCCGGUGGUUCGUCAUGA